AUGGCGUCAAACAUACGACAAACACGCCUCAAGGCUGUUUUCAAAGCCAUAGUCUUUGGCGAGCGCCAGGUCAACAACUCUCAUGACGCACAGCUCUUCCUUGAAGCUGUACGGUCUCAAGAGCUUCCAAGCGCAUGCGUCGAGAUGAUCGUCUCCCAUCCGCCUGGCCUAGAUGCAGUUCGAAACUCUGUCCGGAGCAACCUAUCCGAAACCUUCAUCGUGUCACACACACUCCCAUUCUUGGAGUAUCUGUCUGACCCCGGCAUCAAAUCUUUGGCUGAUGGCGAACUGCUUGCCCAGCUGCUUGUCGUUAUUGCCAACCCACCUACUCUUUGGAAAGCCCUCGUGAACCUCUUCAACGGCCAUCAGCUGCCCCCCGAUAGGGUCCACCCAUUUGCAUGGCUUGCCCUAGAGCUCCUCUCGCUCCCUCAAAAGGCCGAAGUCGACGUGCUGGAAGAGGUACAGGCCAUCAUCCAAGACAAAAGCCUCCUGAAAUCGGAAGAUCAUGCUGCUCGUGAGCUUGGAUAUCGCAUCGAAAAGGUCCUGCAACUCCGCUCCUCAUCCAAGCCUUCUAUGCAACCCAAUGGUCCGGGUGGACGUCAUGACAAUGAUUCGGAUACCUUUAGGAAGAUUGCCAUCUAUCCUACUACCGACGAGUUCCUGUCGACCCAACAGCCCUUCUAUCGGACAGCAUUUGAGGUCACCGAGAGUCCCGUGGAAAAACGUCCGGCUAUCCACUUGGACAACCAGUUCCGUUUGUUGAGGGAGGACAUGCUGGCCGAACUACGGGAGGACCUCCAAGUUGCCAUGGACGUCAAGAAGGCAAAACAAUCACUACUAACCAUUGGCAAGCUGCAACCGGUGGCCCUGUCACUCACUGAGAUAAACCUAUCUGGUAAAGGACCGCGAUAUAAGCCGUGCACCCUCCUGCUCCGCUGUUACCACGGCUUAGGGUUUCUAAACAAAAUGACGCCCGAAAAAUUGAACAAGUACCUAAAGGACAAUCCAAGAUUCCUAAAGCAUCAGUCAUUCGGUGCCUUGACGCGAGGGAAAGAAGUCAUCGCCUUUGCCUUCAUUGAUCGAGACAGAAACAAUGAGCUACUCCGUCAGACGCCCCCCGCCGUAUGCCUUCAAUUUACCGACCCCAGCAGCUUCAAGAGAGCAUUGCUCGCCCUCAAACUACCCAACGCUCAAGAUGUUGUCCAGUUCAAGUUGGUUGACACACCCGUAUUUGCCUACGAGCCUGUCUUAGCUGGCCUGCAAGCGAUCGCAGAGCUUCCAUUGCAAGACCUUCUCAUCAAUCCAUCAGGGACCAGCUCGGCAUUUGUCGGGUUACCGCAACUGCAGCCUCUUGUAUCGGCACUCCAGUCAGCACGAUCAAAAAUGGUCACAGAGAAGGCCGAAGCUGUGUGCAUAGGGAAAUCCAUAACUGUCGACCUGGCCCAGCUUGACUCGAUACUCCAUGCCUUGACGAAGCCGAUAACCCUCAUUCAGGGUCCCCCAGGCACGGGAAAGUCAUUCAUUGGUGCACAGAUUGCCAGAUACUUGCACAAAGCUGGGCAACGCAUUCUCGUCCUCAGCUACACAAACCACGCCCUUGACCAGUUCCUAGAAGACCUAUUGAACGUCGGCAUCCCGCAGCAUGAUCUCGUUCGCUUGGGCGCCAAGGCAAAGUCCACGCUUAGAACGGUUCCACUCCUGCUUUCCGAACAAAAAGGUGGCUAUCGUCGUACAAGUGAUGCUUGGACGAUGAUCGAUCUCCUGAGGCAGAAAGCCGCGUCAUCCGCCCAGGAGCUUCAAAAGGCUUUUAGAACAUAUGGGAAGGCUCACACUGGUUGGGCUGAGGUCUCCGAAUUCCUUGAAUUCCUAGACCAUCCACUCCCCUUUUAUAAAGCUCUUCUUGUUCCCACUGACAGCAAUGGCUGGAAGCAUACAGGGAAGAAGGGGAAGCAGGCGGGACCGGACUAUCUCUUCCAGCGGUGGGUCAAGGGCGAAGACGCCGGCAUUUUCAAAAAGCAGAUUUCGGAGAACUCACACGCUGUUUGGAAAAUGCCCCGCCCUGAGCGACAAAGCCAUCUGGACAGGUGGGCCGAAGAACUGAAUGAGGAGCGCCUGGAGACUAUUGAGGAACUUGCCCGCCAAUAUAAUGAGGUCCAGAGUAAGCUCGACGCCCAGUUCAGUGAUGCGGAUGCAAAUACCAUGCGUCAAAAGAAAGUGAUUGGCUGCACCACCACAGGUGCGGCCAAGUAUUCGAGUCUCAUCCGGGCCGCAGCACCUGAUGUGAUUCUCGUCGAGGAAGCAGGCGAGAUCUUGGAGAGUCAUGUACUCACCGCCCUGGCCCCAUCGGUGAAGCAGUUGAUUCUGAUUGGCGACCACAAGCAGCUCAGACCAAAGAUCAACAACUACUCUCUCUCUGUGGAAAAGGGUGACGGGUAUGAUCUGAACCGGUCCCUAUUUGAACGCCUCAUUAUGCAGGGUGCACCUCACACGACGUUGCAGAAACAACACCGCAUGGUCCCAGAGAUAUCCAUCAUACCGCGCGUGUUAACCUACCCGGAUCUACUUGAUGGCCCCAAGACGAGUGACAGACCGCGGAUCCGCGGGCUUCAAGAUCACGUUGUGUUCAUCAACCACGGGAAGCUGGAAGAUACGGACAAGGUCCUCCGAGAACGCCAUGAACCCGGCGUGAAAGAGAGCAAGAAAAAUACGUUUGAAGCCACAAUGGUGCUAGAAUGCAUCAAGUUCUUCGGCCAGCAAGGCUACUCGGCUGACAAACUUGUCAUCCUCACGCCAUAUCUAGGGCAGUUACGAGUUAUUCAAGAUUUGUUACGCGAGAACCAGCAUGAUCCGGCCCUGAGUGAAAUGGACAAGUUAGAACUUUUGAGGGCUGGUCUUUUGAGUAAGGCGGCUGCCAAGGUUGAUGAGAAGCCCCUUCGUGUCUCCACAAUUGUAGACAACUACCAGGGCGAAGAAAACGACAUUGUUAUUGCUUCGCUUACACGCAGCAAUGAAUCAGGUGAUAUCGGUUUCAUGUCAGCACCGGAGCGUCUGAAUGUCCUUGUUACCAGAGCAAGGAAUUGCCUGGUAUUGAUCGGCAACAUGGGCACCUUCAUGAGCAGCAAGAAGGGUGGGCCGACCUGGCGCCCGUUCUUUGAGCUGAUGAAGAGUCAUAAUCACCUAUACGAUGGUCUUCCCGUCAGAUGUGAAAAGCAUCCCGAGAAGACUGCUCUCUUGAAGGAACCCAUUGAUUUCAUGAAGUUCUGUCCUGAUGGAGGGUGUACGGAGCCAUGUGACGUAUUACUUAAAUGCGGAAUGCACAAGUGCAAAUCCCGUUGCCAUCGUGUUAUUGACCACAGCCAAGCUCCAUGCCACGAGAUCCUCGUCAAGACGUGUGAAAGGAAUCACAAGCUCAAGGUCAGCUGUGACAGACAGAACGACAACUGCCGUGACUGUAUCAGAGAGGACAAAGAGCAGGAGCGACGAAUAAAGAGAGACCUCCAGCUUGAAGAAGAUCGCGUGCGCAAAGAGGAAGCCUACGUCAAGGAACUUCAAGAGAUGGAUGACGAGCUCGAUCAUCAGCGCCGGCGCAACAAGUAUCUGUCAGACGAGCAGAUCAGAGAGCAGACACUUGAACAGCGCCGCCAGGAGCUUGCAGGCUCUCAAGGAUGCCGAGAUACGUGCACAGGAACAAGACUGGAAGAGGUGAAGCAGAAGUUCCUCGACAUCAAAUCCAAGGUCGACACUGCGGUUCGUCAGGGCAUCUCUCUUAGUAAGGAGCGCUACAGUUGCUCUAUGCUAGGAAAUCCCGGCACAGGGAAAACGACUGUCGCGCGACUCUACGCCGAGUUCUUGUCUGACGUGGGGGUAAUUCCUGGACAAUGUUUCAAAGAAACCACGGGCGCAGGGUUGGCGAAUCUAAGCGUGAACGGCUGCAAGAAGGUGAUUGAGGAGAUUCUCAACGAAGGCGGAGGAGUACUCUUCAUCGAUGAGGCGUAUCAGCUCACGUCUGGCAACAAUCCUGGCGGCGGAAGCGUCUUGGACUACCUCCUAGCCGAAAUCGAAAACCUAAGGGGCAAGGUUGUCUUCGUGCUUGCCGGUUACAAUAAGCAGAUGGAGAGCUUCUACGCACACAACCCCGGCCUUCCCAGUCGGUUUCCGGUUGAAAUGAAGUUCGAAGACUAUACAGACGACGAACUGCUCCGAAUCUUCGAACUUAAGGUCAACAGCAAGUACAAUGACGCCAUGGAUUGCGAGGAUGGCCUGCAAGGGCUCUAUUGUCGCAUAAUCUCCAGGAGAAUCGGCUAUGGCCGCGGCAAAGAAGGCUUCGGAAAUGCGCGCACGGUCGAGAACACAUUGGACAUUAUCUCCACUCGACAGGCGAACCGGAUAAGGCGGGAACGCAAAGCCAAAAAACCGGACAUCGACGACCUGUUCUUCACCAAGGAGGACCUUAUAGGUCCUGAACCCGCCGAAGCUCUCCAGAAGUGCGAGGCCUGGAAGAAACUACAGCAAUUGAUUGGACUUUCGUCUGUUAAGGAGGCAGUCAGAUCGCUUGUCGACAGUAUCCAAUCGAACUACAGGAGGGAGUUGGCGGAGCAGCCUCUAAUCCAGUACUCGCUCAACAAGGUCUUCCUUGGAAAUCCGGGCACGGGUAAGACAACGGUAGCGAAGCUGUACGGAGAAAUUCUGGUGGCACUUGGAAUGCUCUCUAAGGGCGAAGGCAUUCUGGCCGCAAGUUUGGGUAAGGUCCUGGUUAUUGAUGAAGCAUACGGUCUCUACGGCGGAGGAGGUACACCAGGAUCAACUUCGGACCCUUUCAAGACGGCCGUCAUAGACACGAUUGUUGCGGAAGUUCAAAGCGUACCUGGCGACGACCGAUGCGUUCUACUCCUCGGAUACAAGGAACAGAUGGAGACCAUGUUCCAGAACGUCAACCCAGGACUUGCCCGCCGGUUCCCUAUUGCUUCAGGGUUCUACUUCGAAGACUUCUCCGAUGAUGAGAUCCAAAAGAUCUUUGAUCUCAAGAUCAAGCAACAGGGGUAUCAGGCAACUGCCGGAGCGACCGUCGUUGCAAUGGAGAUGCUGAACCGAGCCCGCAACCGGCCGAACUUUGGCAAUGCUGGCGAAAUUGAUAUUCUGCUCAAUGACGCAAAGGGCCGUCAUCAGCAGCGUCUUGCCAAAGGGAAAGCCCGGUCCCAGACGCUCUUUGAGCCACAGGACUUCGAUGAAGAUUAUGACAGGGCCACAAAGUCCGACACCAACGUGCGGAGGCUUUUCGAAGGUUCAGUUGGGUCCGAAGAGGUCAUCACUCUGCUGGAAGGCUACCAGGAAACCGUGCGGACUUUCAAAUCCAUUGGCAUGGAUCCGAAGGAAAACAUUCCGUUCACCUUCCUUUUCAGAGGGCCUCCGGGUACCGGCAAGACCACCACAGCUAGGAAGAUGGGUCAAGUGUUCUAUGAUAUGGGCUUCUUGUCUGCUCCUGAGGUGGUGGAGUGUUCUGCAAGUGAGAUGAUUGGCAAGUAUGUCGGGCAUACCGGGCCUCUGGUCAGAGCUCAACUGGACAAGGCACUGGGAAGGGUACUCUUCAUCGACGAGGCGUACAGACUGGCUGACGGGCAUUUCGCCAAGGAGGCAAUCGAUGAACUUGUGGAUUCGGUCACAAAGGAGCGAUACCACAAGAAGUUGAUCAUCAUUCUUGCCGGCUACGAGACCGAUAUCAACCGUCUGAUGUCUGUCAACAGCGGUCUAACAUCUCGUUUCCCGGAGGUAGUCAACUUCCGAGCCCUGUCACCAGAAGGGUGCUUCGAGCUGCUGCGCAAAAGGCUUGAGGAAAACCACAACACACUCAAGGAAAGGAGUAUAAAGCUGGAUUUGUUCUGUCUCAGAGCACCCAGCUCCCGCUUUAGAAGAGUACUAGUGUCUUACUUCAAGCAGCUCUCCGCCCAAGACAACUGGGCCAGCGCACGGGACGUCCAAAGCUUGGCCAAGAACAUGUUCAACCAGGUCAUGCGAGAUCACGAGGGAUUAACCAAGGGACGCGUUACUCUGACCGAGGAUAUCGUCAAGCAAGAACUUGAAGCGAUGCUUCUUGAGCGCGCCUCGCGGGGCAAAGCUGCAGCAGAGGCAGCGGCGCCAAACGGGUUCGCAGGCGGGAUGCCGCAGUUCUUCCAAGCGCCGCCGCAACAGCAACCGCCUUCGUUCAACACUUCGACAGCAACAGCUACUUCCUUCGCGCAGGGGAAAGCUCGUGUUGUCGAGGAGGUCUUCUCAGAUGAAGACGAGGAUGAAGCAGAUGAGCCAGCAUCUCCGCUGUCCGAGCUCAACGAAAAGGCCAUUGACACCUCGGACUCGAGAUACGUGGGACAGAGAGACGCUGGAGUGAGCGAUGCGGUUUGGGAACAGCUCCAACGGGAUCGUCAGGCAGAGGAAGAAAAGGAAGAGGAGUACAGGAAACUGAAAGAGGCGGCGAAGAAGGCCACGGAUGCGGCUAGGGACAAGAUUGUCAAGAAGCUAUUGGAGGAAGAGAGGAAGAGGAAGGCGGUGGAGGAGAUGAAGAAGAAGUUGCAUAUGAUGGGGAUUUGUCCGGCUGGGUUUGCUUGGAUUAGGCAGGAUGGCGGGUAUCGGUGUACAGCGGGCGGGCAUUUUGUGGCGAUGAGGCGUUGGAAGAUGUGA